AUGUCAGAAACUACUACCACAUCAUCCACAUCUCCAGCCAUCCCAGAGCGACCCGCAUCCCUAACUGCGGCCGUCAACCAGAAUGCCGCCGCAUAUAGCAGGAUAGGCGCGUCACCAUACGGCUCCUAUGGCGGCGCCUACACCUCUCCAUACGGCUCGCCAUACUCUAGAAUGGGUGGCUACGGCGGUUAUGGUGGAGGCAUGUACGGCUCGUAUGGAGGCUAUGGUGGGAUGUACGGAGGCGGCAUGUAUGGCGGUAUGCCCGGUGGCAUGCCAGGAGACCCCAAUAACCCGGACAGCUUGACACACCGAUUCAACCAGAGCACACAGGCUACUUUCCAGAUGCUAGAAGGCAUUGUCGGUGCGUUUGGCGGCUUUGCGCAGAUGCUGGAGAGCACAUAUAUGGCUACACACUCGAGUUUCUUUGCGAUGGUCUCAGUUGCCGAGCAGUUUGGUAACCUACGCGACACUCUUGGCUCAGUUUUAGGCAUAUUCACACUCAUGCGCUGGAUCCGGACGCUCAUCGCAAAACUUACCGGACGACCACCCCCAGCCGAUGCAACCGCUCUGACUCCGGCAGCGUUUGCGCGAUUUGAGGGCCGCUCAGUACCCAUGCCUGACGGCACUCCGGCGGCACCGAAGCCAAGCAAAAAGCCCCUGCUGUUCUUCCUGCUGGCAGCUUUCGGUCUUCCGUAUCUCAUGAGCAAGGCUAUCAGGACACUCGCAGCGUCACAUGAAGAGGAGGAACGCAAGCGACAACUCGAGGCACAGCCCCUCGACCCUUCCAAGUUGGAGUUCUGCCGUGUACUAUAUGACUUCUCGCCCUCAACACAGGGCAAUGCUGUUGUCCAGGGAGUAGAUCUGGACGUCAAGAAGGGCGACCUCGUCGCGGUGCUGAGUAAAUCUGACCCACUGGGCAACCCGAGCGAAUGGUGGCGAUGCAGAGCUAGAGACGGACGCAUGGGCUAUCUACCAGCCAACUUCCUCGAAAUCGCCAGGAAACCUGGUCAGGCAGUCGCAGCGAUCAAGGCAUCAGCGAGUGAGAGCAGCAGAGCGAACUCACUAACGAGCAGCGUUAUCAACGGCGUUCAGGCAGAGGCCGAGAAGCAACAGCAGCAGCCGGCGCCGGUGCCGCAGAGUAAGGUUGGGGAUGUUUCGGUCGAGAGCUUUCAGAAGUCUCAGUUCUACGGCUAG